UUCAGGUGUCUAUACAUGUCAAGUGUGUUUACAUGGCUUGCUGGAGCUUGUCAUAACUGUGUCCACCUUGCUUCAAUUAUUCUCUUCCUCCUCUCAUCCAUCGCUUCAUUUGUAAGAUCUGGAGGAUUUUGUAGCUUCAUUGGUAGUCUAGGGUCUCCCCGGGAGGACUGUCUCUUGAAUUCAUCACAUGUAAUACAGAGAGGAGAAAUGAGUGCUCAGAAAGCAUCUGCAGGGAUAACUAAAGCAACUGCUAUGGAAGGUUCUUCAGAACCAGCUGUUAAAGAAGAUGCAGAGAAGGCAAGCCCAGCUGUAUGUGCCAGUCAGCCCUUGCAAGACCUUGAGGAACGACUAGGUACUAAUGGGGGUAUGAGCCAAGAUGCUGGUCAGGGUAGUCAACCCAACAGUCUUGCAUAUUCUGGAGAUAAUGAGGAGGAGUACCUGCGUGCAACCUGGCAGCGUCUAGGCGUGGGCCAUGAUGGUUACCUCUCACUCGAUGAGCUUGCUACAGUUUGCCAUGCAAUCGGAAUGGAAAAGGUUGCAAAUGAGGUUUUGGAGCAGCUGUUUAGUAGACUGGAUGUUGAUGGCGAUGGGAGGAUCAGCUUCGAGGAGUUUGUCCACAUGUUCCAGAAUGGAGGGCCAAGUGGAAACAAUUCUUUAGUUCUUGAUGAAUCUUUGCAUCAGGAUGUGCCAGGUACCCCACUUAGUAGAAUGAGUUCAGUGAGUGAUGAACGGCGUGGAGUAACUACAACCGAGUUCAGCGUGUUCUCUUCGAUUGAUCCAGAAAAUACUGGGUAUGCUACUGUGGAGAGUCUGCUUGAACUGUGGGAAUCCCUCAACAUCAGUAAUGGUGUGAGUCUCUUAAGAGAAAUGGGCUUCCCACAUCGGUCACAUGAACGUCUUUCUCUGUGCGAUCUCUCCGUGGCCCUGGAGGAAGAAUGUCAGAUUACAGAAGAGCAGGAGUCAGGUACUGCUGCCUCCACUCUCAAUGUGGCACUCCUCACUUACCUCCAUGAUAUCAAAUACCUUCGGUUAUCUUUGGACUCUGCUCUUGGUGAGAGAAAUAAACUUCGCCUUGAUCUAAAUGAAGCCAACCAGCGACUGACCUUACUGGCUCAGGAGCUCGAUGAGCAUAAUGCUCACAUGGAGGCUACCUCUCAGUAUCAGAUCCAAGAGUUAGAAAGACAGUACCGGGAUCAGGUGAGAGAGUUACAAGAGGCAGUGACCCAUGAGCGGGACUCAGCGCGGGAACAAGUAUCUACUGUUGCACGGGAAAUGCAAGCACAGAAUACUCAGUUGCAGCAGGAAGAAUUUAAAUUGAAGGCAAAAUUGUCUUCGCUUUAUACUGACAUAAAACGCUUAGAGGCUGAAAACUUUGAGCUGAGUGAGAAGUUGCGAGAGGCAGAGCGGCAGUUGUCUCAGAUGGAAAAACAAGUGGCAGAUAUGCAGACUCUGAAGAACAAGGUUGCAGAGUACGAGUCCAUGAGUCCGAGGGAAGAAGAAUACCGUCAACUUUUGGAUCGGCUAGAGCGGGUCACUGCAGAGAAUCAGCAUUUACGAGACAACAAUGAUGAAUUGUUGUCGCAGAUUGACUCCUUCCCCAUGCGCCAAAACAUGAGGAACAGUGAUAAGGAGAGCAGCUUGGAUGGUUCCUGCCUUGGGGAUUAUGUAGAUCAACCUAUGGGUCUUCUGGCACCAGUGAAGCGUAGGGGAUCAAACAGUGGCUCUGGAGAUGAUAGCUGUGAGGAAGAGAGUCCACGAGGCAGCAAAGUACGGCGUUGUAGUAAAGGACUCAAUGUACACUAUGUUGAUGUUGGAUCAUAUGAUGAAUCCUUCUUUGACUCAAGCAUGAGUAGUCUCUUGAAAAGCUCCCCAGCACCGUCCACACAACCGCUCAACUCAUCCCAACCUGCAUCACUGGAGGAGCUGAUUGUCAAGGUUCCUCGGAGAAGCUCUGGCGACAGUGAUGCUGGUGAUUCUACUGUCAUUAAAGAUUCGUUUUGUUUGGGCAUCAAGAGUGCAUCGCAGUUAGUCAACAAAGAACUGAAGCAGGUCUUCAAGCAAGUGCGUGCAAGUGUAAAAGAAGAAUAUAAAAAAGACAGUGAGAAAUCUGAGUUACAGAAACAAGAUGAAAAAAAUAACAGCAAAUGUGAUGGAAACAACUCAGUGUUGAACAGAUCUAAUAAACCAUCAUCAAGAGAGGAAUUAGAAGCUGAAUUAAUCCAGUUACGAGAAGAGAAGAACAGGUUAGCCAGACAAUUAGCAAUGCAGAGAGGUGAAUUUGCACAUCAGUCAGUAAAGAAAGAGUUUGAGUGUGAAAUGACUUUGCAUCAGUGUUCCGAGGUGCGAGAACCACUAGAGGAGACAACAGCACGACUCGACAGCCCUCCUCCUGAUAAUGGACGCACAAAUUUUCCCCUCGUUUCUACGCCAGUCAAGUCUUCCCAUUCAGCUCCUGUCAGCUUGAGAGAAAAGUGUAUGAGGUGUGGUGACACACAGGGUCAGUUAACGGUGGCAUUAGAGGAACUAGAGAUGGCUCUUCGCAGGGAGGAGCAGGAGCGAUCUCAGCGCAUUAGUGUUGAAACAUUACUCACCAAUAGGCAAGAAAUAGAUAGCCCUGUUGAAUCUGGAGUUGCUCAGAGGGAGGUUGAGUUUGAGAACAUGAGAAAACGAUGUCGCUCACUAAUAGAAAAGAUACAGAAAAAACGACGUGCUCUUUCACCGAAGGAGGAUAAUACCAAGGAAAAUGAGGACAGUUGCAAUAAAACUGAGCAGGAAGGAAGUAUGAAGCAGCCUCAGGCCAGCGAGUUGCCUUACACCACAUACUGUAACACAAAUGAUCCUGAUAAAGACAGUGUUGAUCAUUCUGUUUCAGAGUUCUCUCGUGAUGACUUCCAAGUUCUUGAAGAACAGGUUCUUGCUCUAGAAGAAGAGAUGAGCCUUGAACGUGACAGCCUGGAGAAGCAGAGAGCCACUUUGUUGGAGAAGAAUAACAAACUUGAGCAAGACAUGGAGAUUCUUCGUGUGGAAUUUGACAAGAGUGAAGACUAUUGGACAUUGAAACUACAAGAAGAACAGGAUUACUAUGAAGAAGAACGCCGCCUUUAUGAUGAUAAAUUUUCUGCUCUGGAGAAGAAAAUUCGGGAAUAUGAAGAUCUGGUGCUGUCUGGAGGAGGAGGUGGAGGAACAGGAGCAAGUGGAGGACGAGAGAAUUCUGAUGAAUCUGACCGUUUGUCAACCAUUGAUGAGAGUGCGGUUUGGGAAAAACAGGUUACUGAGCUGGAGGAAGAGGUGACGCUCUUGCGGAAGCAAAUUGAUGACCUCAGGGAGGAGAGACAUCAGUUGGAGAGUAGCAUGGAGGCCCGUGUGUCUGAGGAGAGACACCUUGCUGCUCAGGAGUGUGCUAACCUCCAGGAACAAGUUAAUAACCUUUCAACACAGCUUCAUCAAGCACAACUACAAGUUACAGCAGUGCUAGAAGAAUUGGAGAAAGUUCGAAGAGAAUCAGAGCAACGUGUUCAGGAGUUGGUGAACCAACAGAAAUUGAACCUGCAAGUAAGAACUGCCUUAAUGAAUGGCCAUGCCACAGAAGUUGAAGAGCCACCCAACCCAGGAACACAAGAAGACAGGCCAUGUUAUCAGAGUUCUGGAAGUUUAGGAGAAGAGACUAUUAAUGGGUCACUACGAGCUCAACUACGCCAGUGUCAUGGACGAUUGCGGUACCUUGAAGCUGCACUUCGUCAACAUCAUACCCAUGCUUCUCAAAUACUAACAGUAACAAGAGAGCAACAUGCAGCUGAAGUGCAAAACCUUGAGAGCAUGAUGGCAGCUACUCAGCAAAUGCUUGGUCAACAUAUUGCAAAAUACAAGGACCAGCUUAGUAAGGCCAGUCGUAGUGAUUCUCUCGUUAAGGAACUAUACCUGGAAAAUGCUCAGCUAAUGAGAGCUCUACAAAUAACAGAAAGCCGACAAAAAUCAGCAGAAGAAGGAAGUCGAAGAUUGCAGAUGGCAGCAUUAGGACCCCACACCAUUUCAUAAAGGUGGUAAUUUGGUAAUUAAUUUAUUUUUUACUUUGUAUUAGAUAUUUUUUUAACAUUGAUAUGAACAAAUGUUCAAACCAUAAAUCAAUAAAUUUGUUGUGGUUUCAACUUAAUUUGAAAUAAGGGUUUUGAUCUGAAAGUAUUUUAAUACCUCAGUUACAUGAAUUACUGAAUUGUUUAAUCAGUGCCUCAACAGAUCUCUGGAAACCUGCCAUGUUAUUUUUAUAGAAAGAAUUUUGGCAUUUCCAUCUCAGUCCAAUUUUGUAAAGAUUUCAUUAACCAACAUUUUAGAUUUCUGCAUUAUUUUCAGUGGUUUAAUAUAUGUAAUUGUAUUUUCCUACAAGACUUCGAUAUUUUUUAAAUAUUUCUUCUUACAAGUGAACAAGAGUUAAUGUCUAUGUCCAUGCAGUUAAUUGCUUUGUCUGGUUGUAGUUAUUUGUAAAAACCACAAUUUUAAUUUGCGAAUGCAUAUUUUACACGAGUGUGAAUGAAGUCUACUUCAGCCUUUAGAGUUCUUACUUAAGUACAGACAAACUCUGCUGAAGGCUUUUGUAUGUUUACUGAUGUAAUCUGCCUUAUAUGUAGUGUUUGCUCUUUAACCUACGUGAAUGCUGUGCUAAAAUAAAAAAAAUUGUUUUGUAAAGACAUCUACCACCAUAUUUCUUAAUUUGAUGGCAAUAACUGAAGGUGGCUGUAGACAGCAAAAAGUAUUUAUUGUGCACAUAGUAUAUAUAUAUAUAUAUUCAUCAGAGCCCCUCAAGGGAAGUGCCUUGAUUCCAGUGAGCUCUAUCUAGGAAAUUGGACCUAAUUUCCUCUUCCUAGGAUCAGACUCAAUUGCCUCCCAUUCCUCCAGGUGCUGUAUGAUCCAUAAGUUUAUUACUCCCUUCCUCAUGAAUGUAAAGCAAUUAUGGGGAAACACUAAAGUACAUAGGUAUAAUACAGGGUCAAACCAAGAAAAAAUGAGGGGCCAGUCCAAUUCCUUGGUUCUAAAGUCCUUCCUCACUGUCAUCAAAGAACAUACCUUAAGGGCUUUAUUGUACAUAAAAGUGAAAAAAGCUGACUGCUCUGUCCCUUGCUCCCUCUCCUUUCAUAAUAUUAAAAACAUUCUUAUUUAGGGGCUAGGAUACCUAUCAUGCUGUUAGAGCUGCUGCCUCUGAAAGUGCUGGAAAUGGAUAUUGACUGAACACAGCAACAGAUGUUCACUGUCUAUAAGCUUUUUUUUUUUUUUUUUUUUUUUUUUUUACACACACCCUUGUCUAGAGAAAUACAGAGAGAAGAUUGCCCCUAGCAGUGAUGUAUGUGGGAGAAAGAGCUAUUGCACUAAUUUCCCCCAACACCUCAUCCCAAGAUGCUUUAAUCUUUUUGAAAUAUAUUGGAGAUGACUGUACCAUAGAUGUUUAGUGUACAUGAAAUUGGAUAGUUUCCUUUAGUUUUUAGAACUCUAUAAAGUGAAAACCUACUAUAGGCCACUACUGUCAACAUUGAUACCUGAAAUGCCACCACAAAUCUAAGAAAUUAAGCAUGUCCUAUAUAUGAUGAGGAUUAGGUGUAUAGACUGAUGUGUGGUCUUGAAUGCCUAAUGUACUAUUUUUGUAUUUUAUAUAAGAAUGUUUCUUACAAACCAUUAUCCCCCAUGAAUAUUCUUAAAGGAUUUCCCAGUAACAUUCACAGAUCUUGGAACUUCAUCCUAGGCUUUCAGCAUUGUUUGCCUGAAUUACUGUUGUAUGUUAAAGGGAUUGAAAAAAAAAAUUCUAGUCAAGUGGAUUUUUCUUACUGUAUUGUGAAUGGUUUUAUCAGAUGUAAAGUUUUUAGUGUGUGUGCGAGUGUGUCAUUCAACUGCAGCAGAUAAUCAGUUUAAUAUUUGUAAAUAUUAAAUUAAUUGUGCCAUAAUGCAGGACAGAUUUCAUGUGGCCAAUUUUUUUUUUUAAGCAAUCUACAAAUUCACCUUAGGAUCUUCCACAAAUGGUAUAUACUAAAACUGCUGAAGUUGUAAUUAUUGUACAUUGAGUUGCUCACAUUUAUACAUCAGUGCCUCUGUAUGUGAUACCAAAGCCUGUAGAAUGUCAUGAAAUAAAUAAUGUAUAUCCCUCUUAUUCAGGGUAACUAAAACCUUAUGUUAAUAUUUGUUUAGAUAGUAAAAGAAAAUGUCAUUUUCACAAAAUCCAAGUGUUAAAUGCUUUAGUGUUACUGGUCAGGUUCUAUUCUUAAAAACAAAGUUGAACUUACAAGGUGCUAUCAAAAAAAUUUCCUGGACUGCCGUGAAAAAAAUGCAUAGGCUUACCUUAUCACCUAGUUUGUUUACCUUGAAGUACUCAGUGAAGCUAUACACUGAUCCUAGUGCCUCUGCCACAUCUCAAAACAUUUCUGGAACUCUUCUUUCCUAAGUGUCUAGCACAGCCUAGAUUCUACUCUAAUCUCCUCCACCUUGAAACAUUGCCCCUCUAGUGUCAUUUGUAUUUUUUGAGAGACAUCAUGGACUACAUCUGGGUAUUUAGUGCUUACUUGUGAUUAUAAUAAUAUAUCGGUAUUAGCAGGAAGGGUGGGGGAUGACCAUGUCUUUCAGGACUCUAGUCAGCAGACAGGGCAUAAAUUUUGCAGCCUCUUGUUCAAAGUUUGUCAAAAUGCUUUGACAUGACCCACAAGAAAUCCCUUCAGCACUUGCAAUGUCUUUGAUAUGCCAACAACAAUCUUUAACAAUAGCCUUCCUCACUUUUUCCAUUUUUUUUCUUUGAUGACCUGAGCAUAGUCAACUUGCAUUCAUCCUUUGAAUUGAGGAAGCCAUUCAAAACACUGUCCAACUCUUUCUUCAUUGCCAAAUGCUGAAGCUGAAGCACUGUUCUUUCAGAUUCUAUUGUUACAAAAAGAAAAAAUGCCCAUCUAAACAAAAUGACCAAUUACCCACCUUCACAAAGGAGUGUAGUGCAUAGGGAUGUACACUGCCACUGUACCCCAUCCCCAAAGGAAGCAUACAAAAAUUAGACAAGCAUUUUUGAUAGCACCUCAUAAUAAUAAUUAUUAUUAUUAUUAUUAUAAAAAAGAAGCGCUAAGCCACAAGGGCUAUACAGCGCUGCAGGGUAGGAAAGGAAGCGAGGUAUUGGAUGGCAGAAGGGAGGAGGGAUGAUCAGUAGGUUACAGAAAACAGCGGGGCAGGGGAUAGUGCGGGGGUAGAGGGUAGCAAGAGAUUGAAGUAGAAAGGGCUGAAGGUAUCAGAAUUUGUGAAGUAAGUCAGUUGUUGUCAAAAAGUCAAUGAGAGAGUCCGGAUGAAAGGUGGGUCCAUCAGCGAGAAGGGAAGGAGUUACCUGGAGUUACCUGGUAAAGAAAGAGCAGCGGAGCGAAGACGACGACGGAGGUAAAUUCUGCGUGCUCGUUGAUAAAGUGGGCAGUCCAACAGAAUGUGGCUGACUGAUAAUGGAACUUGGCAAUUCUCACAGAGAGGAGCAGGGCGCCUCUCCAUGAGAUAUCCAUGAGCAAGACGAGUAUGGCCAAUGCGAAGACGGGAGAGAGUAGUCUCCCACCCUCGACACUGGUGAUAAGAAGACGGCCAGUAACGUAUACUCGGUUUAAUAUUAUUAUAAUCAAAAAGAAGCGCUAAGCCACAAGGACUCGGUUUAAUAGAUUGAAGUUUGUUGCUGAGCAUAGUAGACCAACGUUGUUGCCAACGGCUGUGAAGUUGGGAAGAUAUUGCAGCAAAAUAGUCCAUAAAUGGAAUACCUCUACAUGAAACUAGUAGGUCAUGUACUGCUGACCGCGCAGCAGUGUCUGCCUGUUCAUUGCCCUGUACGUCAACAUGACCAGGGACCCAACAAAAAAAACAAUAUCUUUAUGCUUGGUAAAGAUGUGGCGUAGCCAAAGUUGGAUACGGAGGACUAAGGGGUGAGGUGUAUCAAAUUUCUGUAUAGCCUGUAAAGCACUAAGGGAGUCUGAGACAACCACAAAUGAUGACACAGGCAUAGAUGCAAUACGGAUAAGUGCUGUAAGGAUGGCAUACAAUUCAGCAGUAAAAAUACUAGCCGAAGAUAGUAAAUGCCCUUGUACGACGCUGUCCGGAAACACUGCUGCGAAUCCUAUGCCGUCAGAAGACUUAGAGCCAUCUGUGUACACAGCAAUGGCAUGAGAAUGAGAGUGAAAGUGGUCAAGAAAAAGAGAGCGGGAAGCGACCGUAGACAGUUGGGCUUUCGAGCAAGGGAGAGAGAAAGAACAGACUCGAACA